CAUAUGAUCGAUUAUUCUAUAAAUUUACCAAGAAUAAUAUAGCCUUGUUUUAUAUCAUAUACAUACAUACACAUAUUAAUACAUUUCAUCCAAAUAUCAAUCGACAGGUGAUCAUGACAUUGAGUAUAUUGACUUCAAUGGCAAUAACUUUUUCUCAAUGAACGUAUAGUAUGUUAUCACAUAAUGGAUUUGAUUUCUUCUAUUUCAAGACAAGCUUUAUCUAGGUAUAAGGAGUUAGAUAAUGUCGCAUGUAAAUACGUUGUACUAAUAGAAGGGACACGCGUGCGCGCAAGAGGGGUAAAGGGGGGAUUGCAGAAAAGUGGGUGGGUGGUUUGGCACGAGGAGGAGAGGGAGGGAAGAGAAAGAAAGAGAGAGAGAGAGAGAAGGGAGGCAGGUCAGGGCAGGCUGACAGCAAGUCGACGUUCGAUUUCAGUCGAAAGCGAAAAGCCGUCAAGUCUGUGCACGGUCGCCGGACUACCGGCUUGUUCGCGAGAAAGUGCGCAUGCUUAACAUCUCCGUGUCGCGUCGUCGUCCUCCGCGCGUCCAAAUGUCAUACGAGUGCUGCGGCGACGGCAAGGUCGCCGGCGACAGUAUCGUCGCCGCCCUCUCGGAGCUCUUUGCCACCCUCUCGGAGCUCUUUACCUUCUCGCAUACUUUUUGCCGCGAGAUCCUUCUGGCCCUGAGCUCAAGCGGCAUUCUUUCUUCCUUCUCCUCCUACUCUACUAUUACUACUACAACUACUACUAUUAAUACUACUGCUAUUGCUACUGCUAAUACCACUACCUCCUCCUUCACCUCCCCUUUCCAGCCUUUUUCCUAUUUCUUUUUUUUCCCGUCACCUUCGUCAGAUUCUUCUAAUUCCAAUUCUGUAUCUAUAUCGACUUUUUCUAUUCCCUCCUUCAAUAUCGACAAUCUCUCCGUUAUCUUUACGUCCUUGCUUCUCACCUUCGUCCUUGCCAUCGUCCUCGUUCAUUCUUUUCAUCAUUGCCGUCGUCGUCGCGCUGUCUAGAGUUUCUAGAGUCCCAAGCGAUUACACACACCAACACGGGAUCGAUUACAUCAUACUUUCCCGCCAACGUCGUCGACUAUUUCCUUAUUGGUCAAUUUCCUUCGAAACGUCUUAUUUCAAAUAUUCCGCGUCUCGGUAAUACCGGAGGAGAGAAUCGACGAGAUUGUAUUUAUAAGAUCGUAACAGAUCAAUUAAAAUCACUUAUAACGUAUCGAACAAUUUAAUUAUCAAGAAUCAAGUUCCUUGUACUUAUAAUUAGAUCACGAUGAUCUUAAUUAAUAAUAAGAAUCGAGAAAAUUGGCCUAUGCACGUUACUUCGUCGCAACGUCUGCUGCCAUUAAUACGUCCAGCAAAUUUAUGGUGCGCUCUUUCCUCGUCAAGGACGAGCAAUGUGUGCAUCGUACGUGGGUGUUUCACACUUGCUUCGAACGAAAAAUACGAGACACGACGAUUCGAUCGUUCUACGAAGUUCAGUGUUUCAUAAACGUUGUUUCUGUGGUUUUGAAAGCCGUCAACGAUCGUCGACUCCCAAACUUUCCUCGACUCGUUCAGAUCGACUCGAUCGAGAAGGUAUCCUAGCAAGAGAAACGAUUGCUGCGAAAAAGAGGAAAAGGAAGAACGAAGAAGAAGAAAAAGAAAAAGGAAGAAGAAAAGAAAGCGUAGACAAUGGCGGGUGAGGACAGACAGAUUCUGGCGAAUGGGACCGUCGAGGCUCUCACGAUAAUACCAGCAAAGAUGGCCAAUGGAAACGGCCUUAUCUGUAACAAGCAUAACAACAAUGGCUCGAUACCAAAUGGAAAGCAACAUGAGAACGGAGCAGCCGAGAAUGGGAAGUUGAUCGUGCCUGACGAAAAAUCUAGCAGCCUUCACACGGAAUUCGAUGAUUCUGACGUUUCCUGUGGUUGGGGUCCAUUUAGACCUAGAUGGUUGCAAUACUUUUCUACGAAGCAAGCCUUCUUGGUUAUCUUUUGCAUUACCUGGGUGCUUCAAGGCAUGUACUAUACAUAUUUCGUCUCAGUGAUCACAACGAUCGAGAAGCUCUUCCAAAUCCAAUCGAAAACGACGGGUAUCAUAAUGUCUGCGACUGAGAUCGGCCAGAUCGGUUCGUCCCUUCUCUUAACGUAUUACUGCGGCCAAGGUCACCGGCCUAAGUGGAUCGCCUGGGGCAUGAUUCUCUUUGCCGUGAGCUCCUUCACCUGCUCAAUGCCUCAUUUCAUCUACGGUGAACAGCUGAUCCAACAAAACGAGAUGCUUUUCAGCGGUGUCGGACCUACUGGCGAAUUAGGUGGACAUAACAAUACUGAUCCAGUCCCAGCAAAUCUUUGCAAGAUGCGUGUACGACCAGAGAACCAUACGCUUGACGAGUGGACCUUAGGUACAACGGCACCACACGGUGAUUCGAUCGCAUAUUGCGAAGGUGACUUUCUAACGGAACAAAGAAUACAAAGUAAAAUAACGACGGUAGUCCUGGCAAUAUUUUUCGUCUCUUUGCUCGGUGUUGGAAUGGGUCAAACAGCCGUUUACACUCUUGGCAUACCAUACAUCGACGAUAACGUUGCCAGCAGAGAAAGUCCCUUAUAUUUUGCAAUCACGAUUGGUGUUAGGAUUCUGGGACCAGCGUUAGGCUUUAUCCUUGGAUCGCUUUGCACGAUGCUUUAUGCGGAUUUAUCCGCAAAUCCACAAAUCACGCCUACCGAUCCAAGAUGGGUUGGUGCGUGGUGGCUCGGUCUGGUGCUGAUAUCCGCGAUGCUGAUGUUGGUCAGCAUAGGAAUGUUCGCCUUUCCUACGCAUUUGCCGACGAACAGAACACCACCGAAACGAGCGGAUGCCAAAAAACCUAGUCUAAGAGAUUUUCCAAAAGCAGUUAAAAGGCUGCUUAAAAACGACAUCCUGAUGUUCAGGACAGCUAGCAGCGUGCUGCACAUCCUGCCAAUCGCAGGACUUUACACAUUCUUACCAAAGUACCUCGAGAGCCAAUUUCGCUUGCCAGCUCAUCAUGCUAACAUGAUAUCAGGUGUCGGUGGUAUUCUAGUAAUGGGCAUCGGUAUUAUAAUAAGUGGAGUAUUCAUUCUGAGAGCGAAACCAAACGCUAGGUUCGUUGCAGCAUGGAUAGCUUUUACAGCAGUCGUUUAUGCUAUUGGUAUGGCCGUAUUGAUGUUCGUUGGUUGUCCGAUGGACGAUUUUGCUGGUCUUAUCUCGCACUCCGAUGGAAUCUCGAGCUUCGAGCCAACCUGCGAAGCUACCUGCGACUGCGAUCGAAACAAGUUCAGCCCGAUCUGUGGCGCGGAUGGUAAAACGUACUUCUCCGCGUGUCAUGCUGGCUGCUCGAAUUACACGAUAGCGGACGGGAAAGUGGAAUCGUUUUUUAACUGCCAGUGCAUCGGGCAAAAUUUAACGAUGCCGGAAAUAACGACGAGCACAGCGACGAUUGGUUAUUGCCCAUUGGAGUGCAGUAACUUUUGGGUCUACAUGAUUCUCUUCUCAGUGUUCGUUUUUAUACAUUCGACGAGCGAGGUUGGUUCCAUGUUACUGAUAUUACGUUGCGUGGAUCCACGGGACAAGGCCAUGGCCCUGGGUCUCAUACAAUUUGCUAUUGGCUUGUUUGGUAAUGUACCAUGCCCAAUCGUAUACGGUGCUGUUGUGGAUUCAGCGUGUCUCGUGUGGGAAUACGCUUGUGGUGAACGAGGUGCCUGCUGGCUCUACGACUCAAAUGUCUUCAGGAUGUUUUAUCACGGUACGACGGGUGGAAUCCUAAUAUUGGCUUUUGUCGUGGACUUAGUUGUGUGGUACAAAGCCGGUAGUAUUAGUUUCGUUGAGGAACAAGAAUGUGAGGAUGGUACAGCCGAAGAAAUGGCCACUUUAAAGUCUCAGGAUGCGCAAAACGUCGAUAAUGAUUAUCUGUGAAGAAUAUACAUAAAUAUAUAUAUAUAGAUAUAUAUAUAUAUAUAUUUUCAAAGACCCAUAUAUAUAUUUAUAGAUACAUAUAUAUGGAUAAACAUAUGUAUAUAGUUUUGAAACGAUGUACAUAAAAGGGUACGUAAGGCGUUCUUGUGUGAAAGGUGUUGUUCAACCCUUAAAACAUGAACAAAGUCGGUGUGUGAUUGAAGUGAAUUCGCGACUGUCGUCCUUCGACCUGUCCUACUUGACAACGGAUUAUUCUAGUCUUUCAUCAGAAAGGACGCAAGUCAGCGAGAAAAGAAAUAAAGAGAGAAAGAGAAAGAGAAAUAAAGAAAUCCUCAAAUUCUCUUUUUGAUAAAAAAAAAAAAAAAGAAAAAGAAGAAAAAGAAGAAGAAGAAGAAAUCCUCUCCGAGAUGAACCCGGCCAACGAUUCUCGACCAACGAUUCCGAUAAUCUUCCUUUGUCUUCUUUUCUUUUCUUUUUGCCUUUUUUUUUGUUAAUUUUUAUUAUUUUUUUUAUAAACGUAAAAAAGAAAAAGGAGAACGAAUCUAAGAAAAGGAAUAGUGUUACAUAGAACCUGAAGAUGAUUUUAUUAUCCUGCAACUUUGUAUCUUCUCCUACCAGAAGAUAAUCUGCCAUCUUUGAUAAUAGAAAGUCAAAGAAAUGGAGUCUCGAUGAACGAGGAUUUGUAUAUAAAUAAUAUAUACGAACGAUUAAUUUUAUUAUGCAGGAUAUAUUAACACAUUGUUGACCGAUGAUUAUCUAUUAUCUAUAUUUAUUCUUAUAAUUGAAUGAAAAUUAUUAUUAUUAAAAUAUGAAAUAUUUGUGGA